GGUUUUUGACUUGCUGUCAGGCUUUUCACACCAAUCAGAGUCAUUACACUAGAUUUUCAAAGUAAUAGCUCAAACAAGUGGCAAACGGAGGUCCAAAACCCAGAAUGUUGGGCAACCUUCAGCUGCCGAGGUAAUGUUAGAAAGCAUGUCUGGUGCCACUGCAAGUCAGGAUAUGGAUGCUGGCUCUUCCUUUCAAGCUUCCUCCGAGGUUUCAGAUGGCGAAUGUUCUUUUGCUGGCGUAAUGCAGCAUGUGUGCGCAGUUAAAAAGAAGAACUACACGGAUCCUGAGAUGGAGGUUUUGGUUGAUGAGAUUAUUGCAAAUUACCGAACACUCUUCCCGGCCAAAAGUGACAAAUGCCCAAUGGUCGUUAGAUCAGCGGCGUGGAAUAAUAUAAUGAUGAAAGUAAAUUCUGUAGGAGUGGCCAAGAGAACCGUCCCCGAGUUAAAGAAAAAAUGGUCAGACAUGAAGAAAAAAGUAAAAGCCAAGAUGGCUGCCAUUUCAAGAUAUGCCCGCCAGACAGGAGGUGGUCCAUCUUGUCCUGAGAAAUUAUCUGAGGAAAAAGUAGGCUCCACUUGUCGAAGAGAGCAAGUCGAAGGAUUUGGCUUGGCGGAUGUCUGCAUGCAGGCUCUAACCACAAGUGAGUUUAUGGUUUUCGGGUUUAAUUAAAAGUUGAAUAGUACUAUUAUAAGCUGACAUUCGGCCCAGACCUUUUCUCUCCCCAUUUAAAAUUAUAAUCGCAAAUUUGCCCAUAGCAACCAACCAGCUUGAUUAAUUGGGAAUGCAAAAGACCACUUCAAUAUGCAAGAAGUUUUCCCAAAGGUUAUUAUGGUC